GGAAGAUUGGAGCUCGUAAGGCUGCUAGCACAGAGGGGAAUGGACAUUAACGAAAAUGACGGGGUAAGUCACCUUAUAUCCCGAAUCGCUUAUCAGGAAAAUUGGUCGCCAUUGAUGAUCGCAGUGUCCGCUGGGCACACUGAGGUCGCCAAAUUCCUUGUCGAUUCAAACUGCAAUGUUAACAGUGUUAACUCUACGGGGCAGACCGCAAUGCACUACGCUGCAUCCAAGAAUAGACUUGAGAUACUCUCUACCCUGCUGAGUCCGAAUACACACGUUGAUCAUCGUGAUUCCGCUGGCACAACUCCACUACACAGGGCCAUUUCCAAGGGUCAUAUGGCAUUUGCAGAAAUAUUGCUGACUAUGCAUCUUACAAAUGAACAGACGGAGCACGAGUGUGACCCUAAAAGGCUUCCGAAGCCAGCAUCAGCAAACACCUGUGACGACCAGGGCCAGACCCCACUACAUUACGCAUGCGAGGAAUGCAACAUUCCGGCGAUUCAACUGUUGUUGAAGCACGGGGGAGACAGUGACCAAACGGCACUUGAUCUGGCACCCGCACAACUAAGACCGAAAAUAGAAAAACUCGCCAGGCGCAUUGGGGCUUGA